AUGUUUCGUCGAAUAUUUCGCAUGCGUAAACACGUUUUCACGCGUGUUGUUGAGGAGCUAAGAGAAAGUAACGAAUACUUUCGACAAAGGCCUGAUGCCACUAGAAGACUUGGUGUUUCGGCUUUCCAAAAAUGCACUGCAACAAUGAGGAUGUUGGCUUAUGGUACAGCAGCCGAUGUAGUUGAUGAAUACCUUAAAAUCGCGGCAAGUACAGCAAGAGAUUGUCUCCAUCACUUUGUUGAAGGAUUUAUCUCUAAAUUUGGACAAGAGUACCGGAGGAGGGCAACACCUGCAGAUGUAGAGCGACUUCUUCAUGAAAGUAAUGUUCGUGGACUCCCUAGUAUGUUGGGGAGCAUUGUCUGCAUGCAUUGGGAGUGGAAAAAUUGUCCACGUGCAUGGAUAGGAAUGUACCAAGGAAGAAGUAAAAAUGCGACCAUAAUUUUAGAAGUUGUUGCUUUCAAAGACUUGUGGAUAUGGAAUGUUUUUUUUGGCACAGAUAUAAAUGUCCUCCAAUGGUCGCUAAUGUUUGAUGAUAUUUGUGAAGGUCAAGCCCCAGAGGUGAGUUUUAAUGUGAAUGGAAAUAGAUACAAUAUGGGAUACUACCUUACAGAUGGUAUAUAUCCAAAAUGGGCAGCAUUUAUCCCAGCCAUUAGGCUUCCAUAA